AUGUUGUGGGAAUGCUUCCAAAGUUUGUGGGUGCUUGACCUGCGCCACCCGGAUUGUGAUCAGAUCUUGUCCGCGAGGGUAAUGGAUCUCAUGAUCCAGCUGAGGGAUCUAAACGUGAUGGGAGCCAGGAACUGGGACAUGAGCCAUCUACAGGGACGACUGCAUAACAUUCGCAAGCUCCGAGUAACAAAGUCCACCUGCUACUUCAACAACAAUGUGUUCUCAGAUAUGGGGAACAUGGAGCUUCUUGAUUUUUCUGGAAAUAUCAUCAGAAAACGCAUGAAAACCUUAUCUGGGCCAGAAGGCAACAAUAGCCUCAAAACUGUGAUUAUUGGUGGAUGUGAUUGGUUAAAGAUUAUCUCUUUUAGGGGAUGCAAAGAAUUGAAGAACCUGUUCUUGAAAGGAUCAUUGGGGAAUCUCAAUGAGCUGGACCUCUCAGGCACAAGAGUAAAAACGCUCGACUUUGGAGGAGUGGAAACCAGUUCAAUCCCCAAGAAGCUUAUCUUGCUAGGCUGUGAGAAGCUCCGGGCAAUAUUGUGGCCUCAGAAGGUAGUAAGGGAAGGAUGGUUUGGUGUGCUGCUGAGUAUCGACACCAUGUCGACAUCAACAUCAGCUGACGGAGGGGAAGCACCACUUGCUCAUCCACAUGUCGAUCCAUCCAUCCAACGACAAAAAGAAGAAAUAUUUAAGGCUCGAUGGCGGAUUUCUCUCAUGGAUACAAGGUUCCUUAGGUCGCUUUCUCCUGUAAGAUGGUAUUUAGGAGGCUCAUCCAUACAUAUUGAUGUCUGUGAUGCAGCUACCGUCGGUGGUAGCAACAUCCAAGGAACAAGCAGUGACGAACUAGUGCAAGUCCAACCGCAUACAAGUACCUUAAUGGACUCGAAGUAUAGAGAUAUACUGAAGGACGGCCCAGUUGCAACAGUGAUGAUGCGGGACUGCCCCAAGAUAUUUGUAAGGCAAUGGACCCAAGUGGUUGCAUGUAUCAUAAAUGUGAUCAUGCACGGGCAGAGCAACAAACUCUUGGAGGAUAACCCGUCCAUCACCAGUAUCCCUGGACAGGCAGAUACUUGUGCUUUAUUAUUGCCUCAUUUUUUAUGUGAAGCGGCUACAUCACUGCAUGUGUACGAUAACCCGGCCAUCACCAGUAUCCCUGCACCACCCCAAGGAUCAGGAUGGAGAAGUAUAAGAUGGUGUCGAAUGGAAAGGUGCCCCAAGUUACACACGGUCUUCACUACUCCUGAAGGCAGUAAUGUGAAGAGCUUUUUCUGGCUGGAGAAAUUCUGGGCCUCCCAGCUCCUCUCUGCAUGCUACAUCUGGGACAGGCCAACCCAAAGCUACUUUUAUAACCUGAACCUCUUGCAUCUGAACCAUUGCCCCAGGCUCGUACAUGUUCUCCCCUUCUCCAAAUGGGAGGGAGACACCUUGGGUGCACUGGAGACCCUCGAGAUAGUGUACUGUGGUGAUCUCAGGGAGGUCUUCCCUUUGGACACUCAGCUUCAAGAGCAGGAUAAAAUUCUAGAAUUUCCAAAGCUGAGGCACAUCCACCUGCACGAGCUCCCCAUGCUGCAGCGCAUUAGUGGGUGUAGGAUGUGGGCGCCUAAACUAGAGACCAUCAAGAUCAGGGGCUGUUGCAGCCUCAAGCGUCUGCCAUUGGUCGGACGCAACACCAUGCCGCCCAAGGUGGAUUGCGAGAAGGAAUGGUGGGACAACCUGGAGUGGGAUGGGUUGGAGAAGUACCACCAUCCUUCCCUCUAUGAGGCGAGCCACUCGUUGUACUAG